AAUAGUAUCAACAAAUACAUACUAAAAUGGCCGAUAAACCACCUACAUGCUGUGGCUCAACAGUGCCCGCGAGUCGAUCAAACGUAAGAAUCCCGGCAUUAAAGUCACCGAGGUGGCCAAGCGCGGUGGCGAAUUUUGGAGGGCAAUGAAGGACAAGUCGGAGUGGGAGGCCAAGGCUGCCAAGGCUGCCAAGGCCAAGGACGAUUACGAUCGGGCUGUCAAGGAGUUCGAAGCCAACGGCGGCGGUGGUGGUGCUGCCAACGGAGGAGCCAAAAAGCGCGCGAAACCUACGAAAAAACCAUCGAAGAAGAGCAAGAUGGAUGAGUCCGACGAGGACGAUGAUGAUGAGAGCGAGUAGACGCCUCACCCACCCUCUAUUAUCCAUCACCAAGUCACACACAACCAGCCAGAUCCCACAAUGAUUCGGGAAACUCCCAAGAACCUUUAGAUACUCAGCAAUAGAUAACGCGAAAGUUCACACUAUCAAUCUCAGUUUAAAUGCAUUUGUUACUUUUAAAAAUGUGACAACAGAACAAGAACUGGCAGCAAUUCAUUGGGCAAUAACAAUACUUCAGACCAUAUAUUUAUGGCAGACACUUUACUGUCAAAACAGAUCACAGACCACUCACGUACUUGUUUUCAAUGGCAAAUCCUAAUUCAAAACUGACACACAUGAGACUUGAAUUAGAAGAAUAUAACUUCACAGUAGAGUAUCUAAAGGGUAAAGAUAAUUACGUAGCA